UGCGCGGCGGCGGGGAUGCCCGGACACCGGGCUCCGGGGCUGGGCCCCCGGCGGUAACCGGAGCGGGGGGGCCGCGCCCCCCCUCCUCCCCCCCUCGCCGGUCCCAGAGCCGCAGCUGCUGCGCCCGCGCGCUCCCGGGGACAUUCUGACCGCCGCCGGGUCCCGCCGCCUCUCGCCCCGCUGUUAAUACCGGCGGCACGGGAGGGGGCGCAGCGUGCGCAGCGCAACCAUGGGGACGCUGCUGGCCUUCGUGGUCGGCGCGGCACUGGUGUCCUCAGCCUGGGGAGGCUGUGUGGAGGUGGACUCAGAGACCGAGGCCGUGUAUGGGAUGACCUUCAAAAUUCUGUGCAUCUCCUGCAAGCGCCGCAGCGAGACCACUGCCGAGACCUUCACGGAGUGGACCUUCCGCCAGAAGGGCACAGAGGAGUUUGUCAAGAUCCUGCGCUAUGAGAACGAGGUGCUGCAGCUGGAGGAGGAUGAGCGCUUUGAGGGCCGUGUGGUGUGGAAUGGCAGCCGGGGCACCAAGGACCUGCAGGACCUGUCCAUCUUCAUCACCAACGUCACCUACAACCACUCGGGCGACUACGAGUGCCACGUGUACCGCCUGCUCUUCUUCGACAACUACGAGCACAACACCAGCGUCGUCAAGAAGAUCCACCUUGAGGUGGUGAACAAAGCCAACAGAGACAUGGCGUCCAUCGUGUCUGAGAUCAUGAUGUACUUGCUCAUCGUGGUGUUGACCAUAUGGUUCGUGGCAGAGAUGGUUUACUGCUACAAGAAGAUCGCCACUGCCACGGAGGCUGCUGCGCAGGAGAACGCCUCAGAGUACCUGGCCAUCACCUCAGAAAGCAAAGAGAACUGUACGGGCGUCCAGGUGGCCGAAUAGCCCCGGCCCUGGGCUCCGCCUCAAGGAAGAGCCAGCCCUAACGGGGAACAUCCGGGCACAGCCUGCCCCCAAUGGGGGUUGGCCAUUCCUGGGCCUCCACAAGCCUCAAAGUCCUGCCAACGGAGCCUCCAGGGUGGGAGAGGGCAGGGGGCUUGGCUCACACCCCGAAUCCAGCCUCUUCCUCCUGCCCCAUCACCCGCCCGCGCCGUGCAUGAUGGGUAAAGCAAUACUGCCGCUGCCCCCAUGCCUGCUUCUGCUGCCUGUUUGGGAGGGGGCGGUGAGGUGGGGGCAGCGGCUCCGCACCCCUCUUUCUUGCUGAUUUGCACACAUUGGCCGCUUUGGACGCGCACUACUGGGGCCCAGCCCCUCCCCGCCCCCUCCCCGCCCGGUGAGGGUUAUGAUGGGCUGGAACAGCUCGGGACGGGGCGUUCUGGGACCCGCUCCGACCCGCAGCGACAUUUCCCCUCCUGCUUCCUCUGGCUGGACCUGGGGUCUCCUCUCCCUGUGAUGCACUCUCGCCCCAGCCCAACCCGCCGUCUCUCACCAGCCUUGGAUUGUGGCCACUUCGAAAGGGGCCCAUUCAGCCUCGUCUCUCUUUACACAAGUAGUUUUGUUCAUGAAAUAAAGAUUCUUGGACUUGC